GAUUGAGCAGUGACCAGUAAAGACGUAUAAUUUGAUAACUCCAUCUACGAAGAAUACCAAAUAAGUGAACAAUACAACAAGUCGCAGUUUCAUGAGCCUUAUUAUAAAACAAAGAUGAUCAAAGAAAUCAGAAACUGCUGGCUGACACUCAAUAGCAGAGAACACUUUGAUACCAUGGAUGAACUAGACAACGCUUAUGCAGACACUCGCAACAGCUACCAACAAGCAGUGGGGGGUGAGAAUUUCGACAAAGAGAUGCUUGAUGUGAUGAUUAAAUCCCGAGGUGUCGCUGACAGAACGAAACAACUAGCCGGCUCUGAUAGUAAGAUACCUGCUGGCCUUAACCUUGGUGGACAGUGCAUGAUGAGGAUACAAAACUCUAUUCUAUUCUUCCGUCGACUGAAGCUACGUAACAACACGCACUUCCACAUAGAUUACAUCCAUAACGAUCUACUAAACAUGCAGUUAGAAACGAGGAUAUCACUGAACGACCUCCAUCUUGUUGGCACUUACGAGAGAUCCGUCACAGCCAAGGAUCCCUCUAUUUUAUACUACACCCCUACAUUUGGCGAAGUCGAAUUCCUUCUAAAAGAUGUACAAUACAAAAUGGAAGGCAGAUAUCGUUUGGUGCAAGACAGACUAUACCUUGAAUUAGUUAUGUCAUUAAUUAAAGUCAACGAUAUACUUAUGUUUUACACAAGCAAAACAGCCAAGAGCCCAUCAUUGUCCUUGCAACGCCAAAAUAUAGAGGAGUUUCUGGACCGUCUCAAAGUGGACCUCGACAUGUGGCUACGAGACUACUUCAACGACUAUCUAUUGAAUUUCGGCCUGGCUGGCUCUGCCGCUAACGCUAAAUUUCGGCAAUACGAUAAGAAGAAAGCGUUAAUAUUAAACGAAUAUGUGGACACCGCGUUAUCGCUCAUGAAACGACGUCUACACAAGUUAAAAGCCUCAGCUGUAAAAUUACCCGCAUUUUCAAUAUACUCCGUGAACGGUGUGACAUUGAAGUUAACAAAUGGACGACUCCAAGGACUAGACAGCAUGUACAGACGAUCGGUUGCUACCGGCGCAAAAAGCGAAAAAAAUCGUAAAGUGGACGCUGUUAUUGGAUUUAGCAAUCUUAAGGUUAUAUACAACUAUAAUGCAGAGCUGACGACAGAAGCACCCCCACUAAGCGGUCAGCUGUUCUUGACCGCUGAUGACCUCACCGCACGUUUGGGCAUAAUGAUGGUUAAGAAUUCAGAGACUGUCGACAUACGUUUUGAUUUCCUACGACAAGUGAAACCAGAAUCAAUAAUCGUAGAAGGACCAAUCAAUAGGAUGAUAACAAACUUCAGAUAUCUAUUAGAACUCCAUAUAGUUGCCAUGAUGAGUAACACUAUGCUUUAUCAAAUAAAACUGCUCAGCACUUUAACUAGAUGCAAACCAAAUUUUGUUGCUGAUAUUGAUCCAAAUGACAUCAAAUACCAAAACAGUAAAGAAACUAAUGAAAUUUAUUCCGAUUAUAAUCAACAUUCAACUAAUGAUAAUGAUGAAAAUAAAAGUAAUGAAGGUAAAACAGGAGAAAAGAAAAAUAAUGAUGAGGAAUCUAAAGAACAACCUGCCUCUAUUGAACAACUCCCGCAGAGGACUGAAGUUUUACCAGAAACAACAAAGACUGAUGGGGAGAAAAAGCAUAGGACAGAAAAUAAGUCAAAAAGAAAAGAAGACCAUAUACCAGUAGAAACCAAAAACCAAACAGAAAUUUCUCCUGAGGCUGAUUUUGUCCUCAAUAAACAGGAUAGUAUAGAAAUGGAAUUGCCUCCGAAAGUAGAAUCUCAUGAGGGACAAAGACAAUCAAUAAAAUACGACGAAACAUUUAGUAUCAGUAAACUUAAAUCGCAAUAAAAAUAUAUUGAUCUUA